UCCAUCCAUUCAUGUAAGUUCCACGCAUUCUAUUUUUAUUUCUCUUUGACGUACAAUCUUUCAAAUGGGUAAAUGUUUGUGCAUUCUGUUACGAAUGGUUUAUGAUUAUUAGCAGUGUUUUGAUUGCAUUAUUCGUCCAGUUUGUUCCUUUAAGUUAAAUUUUCAACUACGAUCAAGUGUUUAUUGUGUUUAUCAACAAUUGCAGUGUAUAUAUGAUUGAAGUUGAUAAGUAAUGGCGAAACUUUUUUUGUGUGUUUUUGCAAUUCUGGCAAUACAUACUUGGGCUACCGUUGAUGAAUCCGACAUAAAAUACAAAGAUCCGAAACAACCAUUAGGUGUUCGAAUAAGGGACUUGAUGAACAGGAUGACUUUGGAAGAAAAGAUCGGUCAAAUGACACAGAUUGAUAGUCGUGUAGCAACACAACAAGUAUUGCAGAAUUACUCAAUAGGGAGUUUAUUGACCAAUGCAGCGAUCCCUUCAUCUCAAGACCCAUCGAGUCCGCAGGCAUGGAUUAACAUGAUCAACAAUUUCCAAAGAGGAUCAUUGUCUUCUCGUUUGGGUAUUCCCCUUAUGUAUGGAAUUGAUGCUGUCCAUGGCAAUAGUAGAGUUUACAAUGCCACUAUUUUCCCACAUAAUAUUGGCCUUGGAGUAACUAGGGACGUUGAAUUGGUGAAGAAAAUUGGAGUUGCGACUGCCCUUGAAGUUCGAGCAACUGGCAUCAACUAUGCCUUUGCACCUUGUGUUGCGGUAUGUAGAGAUCCAAGAUGGGGUCGUUGCUUCGAGAGCUUUAGUGAAGAUCCUAAUAUUGUUCGAGCCAUGACUGAGAUCAUACCUGGACUUCAAGGAAGCAUUCCUAGCGAUGGUCGAUUAGGUGUUCCUUUUGUUGGCGGACAAGAAAAGAUUGCCUCUUGCGCUAAACACUACGUGGGUGAUGGUGGAACGACAAGAGGCAUCAAUGAGAACAAUACAGUCAUAAACUUCCAUGGUUUAUUGAGCAUUCAUAUGCCACCAUACGUUGAUGCAGUACGGAAGGGUGUUACAACCAUCAUGAUUUCUUACUCAAGCUGGAAUGGAGUCAAAAUGCAUAGAAAUGUUCCACUUAUAACUGGAUUUCUAAAGAACACUCUCAAAUUCAGAGGAUUUGUGAUCUCAGAUUUUAUGGGUAUUGACCGGCUGACAGAUCCGCCUCAUGCUAAUUACACUUGGUCCGUUCAACAAAGCAUUACGGCUGGCAUAGACAUGGCGAUGAUUGGCUCCAACUACACUGAAUUCAUCAAUGAGAUGACUUUCCUUGUGAAGAAUAAUUUCAUCCCAAUCAAUCGGAUUGAUGAUGCAGUAAAGAGGAUUCUACGCGUCAAGUUUGUAAUGGGUCUGUUUGAGAACCCAUUCACAGAUCUAAGCAUGGCCAAAUAUCUUGGAGAGCAGGAUCACCGAGAUUUGGCUAGGGAGGCAGUAAGGAAAUCUUUAGUCUUGCUAAAGAACGGUAAAUUUGUCAACCAACCAAUGCUUCCUCUUCCAAAAAUGUCGACUAAAAUUUUGGUAGUGGGCACCCAUGCUGAUGAUAUUGGUAAUCAGUGUGGUGGUUGGACCAUUGAAUGGCGUGGGAAAAGUGGCAAUAUAACAAGAGGUACGACAAUUUUAUCUGCCGUGAAAAAGAUAGUUGACCCUACAACCCAAGUCUUGUAUGUAGAGAACCCGACUCCUGAUUUUAUCAAGUCAAACAACUUUUCAUACGCCAUUGUGGUAACGGGUAGACCUGUUGUGAUCGAACCUUAUGUUCCUAUCAUGGAUGCUUUGGUGGCUGCAUGGCUUCCAGGGACUGAAGGCCAAGGUGUCACCGAUGUUCUGUAUGGUGAUUAUGGUUUUACGGGCAAACUAGCACAUACUUGGUUCAAGACUGUUGAUCAGCUCCCAAUGAAUGUUGGUGAUUCGCAUUAUGAUCCGUUGUAUCCAUUCAGAUAUGGGCUUACAACCAAACCAACCAAGCAAAUUUAG